UCUCCAGAAAAAAAUAACAUGGCGGACUUCCCCUCCAAGGUAACCACGGAGACCAGCUCCCCACAGCCCCAACAGGGGGCCGGCAGGCUGCGGGGGCUGGCUUCCAGCGCCACCUCCAGGAUGGACGUGUCGUUCCUGCGCAGUGUCCCGGCGGCACUGAUGGCGGCUGAAAUGGUGUUGGGCCUGCUGCACUGGGCUCUGAUCGCUGGCGCCUCCUACUGGCGGGUCUCCGCCUACGGCUGGGUGAUGUUUGUGGCCGUCGCUCUGUGGAUCCUCACCGCCCUCCUCUUCCUUGUCCUGCUCUUCAGCGUCCCCCAGAGGCUGUCCGCCGUUCCUUGGACCAUGACGGUGAUGAUGUAUAACGGAGUGGCUGCCCUGCUCUACCUCACUGCCUUCCUGACCAACGCCGCCACGGUCCGGCAGUUCCAAGGGUCCUUCCACGGACAAAUCGGCGCUGCUGCUUUCUUCGGAGCAGCGCUGACGCUGCUGUACGGCGCCGGAGCUUACCUGUCCUACCUGGACUGGAGGGCCGAUGGAGGGAAUGCCGCCACCAGCACCGUGCCCACCUAGGACCACCAGAACCAAGACCACCAGAGCCAGUAGAACCACCAGAACCAGGCCUUCACAUGGACUCAGUAAUCAUCUAAUUCUCCAUAUUCGUCGUCUUGCUUUGAUAGAAAAGGAAACGCUGGAGGUCUUCCUCAACCCGAUGAAGAUCUGAUCGCACCAGGUCAGAACUGAACCACCAACUGGUUCAGAUCUGGUCCGAUUCAGGUUUUCUCUCAGCUCCAGCUCGCUAAUCAUUUCUCAAACCUUUCGAUCCAUUUGGGUUUUAUUCUCAGCGUUCUGAUAAUCCUGAAGCUAAACGCUGAGUGAAGGUUCGCGCCACUGUUUACCGUCUGGACCGGUUCUGCCUGAACAUCUGGAUCUCUGUUUACGGGCAACGACUGAUCUUUGACCUGGAACCAGUUCAGCUCCAUUUCAGUCUGGAUCCUGGAGGUUCUGGAGUAAACGGUGAAUUUCUCCUCCAGGAUCAAAAUGUUUAAAUAUGAAUCAUAAAAAACUUUUAAUUCCCAGAAAUUAAGAUUUUUUUAAAUCUGAAAUCUGAAUUAUGUUUUAAUAAUUAACCACACCUUAAAGAUGAUCACAGCAAAUUUCAGCCACUCUGUUCGUGACCCGGAGUGGAAACUCUGUGGAAGGACGACCUCAGGCUCAGCCGCCAACGACUGAUUUGUUGAGAAUCCAGUGAACCUUCAUGCUGACGGUUGCUGCACAUGAAUUAUUGAAGAUUUUGAAAUGAAAUUGAAAUCUGUGAAUAAAACCAGUUAAAGGAAAGAAAGUCGGAAGCUUGAUGAUAAAAGUUUAAAUUAUUUGUGUUUAGAUCAAAGUGUUUGGUUUGUUUUCCUUCAUUUUAAAUGAAAAUGUUUGUUUACACAGAACGAUCUGAUCCAGACGUUCAUGUUUUCAUUUAUGUUUUCACUGUAAUCAGAUUUUUAACGUUCAUUUUAUGAAACAUAUUGACAAUAAAGGACUUUAAGUUUC